AUGCCCUGCGCGGGAGAGCGCCCGCUCCCGCGGGCCUCGAAACCCCAGGCGUCCGUUCUUUUUGUUGCUGCCGUUGCAGCCUUCUUCUACAUUUUCUGUGAACAAAUUGAAGCUGCUUUCUAUGGGCCACCCAACAACAACCCAUACACGUUAGGGGGCCAGCCGUGGCCCCCAGCCCCCGGUCUGAUGCAGGGGGGCCAACCGCAGUAUCCGCAUCCAGCCCCCCCCAACAGAAGCAACAGCCGCCCCUUUGUUGGGCCGCCGGUACAGCAAGCUCCAGGACUGGCGAAUACGGGCCCCAUGGGAGGAUUCAGAUUGCCUGCAGGUGCAGGUGCUGCGGCUUUCCCGCCGAGGACUGCAUCCACUGGGACAGCAAGAGUACCUUUUGCGCCAACACUGCCAUUUUCUUCCUCAGUUGGAACGAUGCAACCACAGAUGCAGCAGCAAAUGCCCCAGCAGCCGCAGCUGCCCCAGCUACAGUAUCAGCAACAGCAGCCACCGCAACCGAGCUUGCUGCAACAGCCUCUACAGUACCCUCAGCCUAUGCAGCAGCCGCUCAUGCAACAGGCGCAGGAUCAAUCUCAGCGGUUUUCUCAGGGACCAGUUCUCUUGUCAAUGCAGGGCAAAGGGCAACCCGGUGUUAUUUCCUCUAUAUUCGGACCUCCGCAGUCAAGUGCUCCUGCUGGUGGUGGUUCUGCUGCUGGAGUUCAGGGUGCUCAAGGAGGCAUUCAACAGCAGCAUGAACAGCAGCAAGAACGGUUGCACGUUGGGGGAGGGGCGGGUUACUUGAAUUUGUCUGAUGGUGGUGCUUCCAAGAGACCCCAGUAUGGUUCAGCGGCAGAAGCUGCGCCAGGCAGCAGGUCAACAGACACCUCAAAGCCCAGCACCCGCAGCAACGGAGUCUUCAGCGCUUGGAAGGACGCUCAGCCAAAUUCCGUGCAGGUGAUUGCCGUUGGUGACUCUGCCUUGUUUCAAGGGCUGUGCAUUGGGGACCCGAAGCCGAACGACCCGCGAAUGCCUUGUGGAGCGGCGUACCCUGGAAUGGCGGCCCUGGCGCUGCAGUUAUCUUUGGGGCCUCCUGAGGCAGAAGGUUCAUCGCAAGGCGGUGAAGGCAUACCUAGGAGGCCUGCGGUGCUGCUGUCCACUUCAGCACGAGAUGGAGUUGAAGCCGCCAGCAGAUUCUCGGACCGUCUGCUGGAGAGAGCGUGGAUUGCAAGUGGAAACCACAGCAGCAACAGCAGCAGCAGCAGCAACAAUGUUUGCGAUCUGCGCGGCAGGGAGUCUGUCGACUGGGGCGCGGGGCCGAUUUCCUUCUACACGAGGAACACAGCAAGCCGGGAGGCAAUUGCCCUCAUGUCUGCCAUCGGCGAGGUGCUGGCGAGCAGCAGCAGCAACGGCGCAUCUGAAAAUCCCUCGAAGCUGAUAUAUUUGGGCAGCUCUCGCACCUCAGAGUACGCUACGAUUGCUUCUCUCAUGGCAGCUGAUCCAGACAACAUGUUGGGAGCUUACCUCAGUGUUGCUGCGGAGGUGAACAGCACAAGCAGAAAAAAUAGGAAAAUGAACGGCCACGGCCACCAGUCAAAAAGUAAAGGGCGGGAAUUCAUAUUCAGGCGGGAAGGCCGUUCGAGCCGAGCUGUGCGUCUGGAUUUCACAGUGACAGUGGGAGUUCCUCGUCCGUUUGAGGCUUCUUCUCGUCGGGUGCCUCAGGAGUUGAAGGUGGCAGUGGGCGUGGAAAUAGCAAGAAAGAUGCGGGAGGUUGUGGAUGGUUAUCUGGAGGAGGUGUUCGAUGAGAUAAGCGGAGAUGCAGGGAAGCGGCCGGCAGCUGAGCUGCCCAUUGUCUUCUUGCAGGUUCAGAAAAUGCGGACAGUCAGAGCUUCAACUGUACGGGUUGUGAAGGUCGAAUUAACAGCCCACAGUGGAGAUCCCAUGAGGGGCCUCGGCAUUCCUGUUGUGCUGUACACUACUUCAGUCGGCGCCUCUUGUACUUCAGUCGGCGCCUCUUGGUCAGCGUAUGUUUUAGGCCAUGUGAAGAGCCCCGGCCUGACAAGGCUCCUUCGCCAGACCAUCGUCGACGUGCGAUCUCUGGGUCCGCUGCACCAAGAUGCUUUCGGCGGCUAUGUGGCUGCGCUUCGAGAAGAUGUCGGGCGCCUUCACCAGUGGCUGCGGCGCAUGGGCCCCAGCUGGCCGAUAACUCGGAGUGUACGGUCUCUAUUAGAGUUGCUGCUGCGAUCGAACGAGGACGCGGCUGAAAAGCAGGAGAUCUGCAGAGCAGCAGCUGAGUCGCUCAACUUGCCAGUGGAGGAUCCUUUGCUGAGCUUCGCUGAUAUGUUUUGUCAGACGUUCCCUCAAACUUAUUUCCCUCAUUCAGCAGCGAAGGAAGAACUGGAGGCGUACAGCCUGCGGGUCGGGCUGGCACUUUAUCAACUGCUGGGCGGCGGAGAAGAAGAGGGCGAAGGAGACGAUGCUGAACGCGCAGCGCACUCGCUAGCAGAGUUUGAAGAAACCAUGGGGCUGCGGCGGCGGCGGCUGUCUAAUGCAGAUGAUUCAGGGGAAGACGAACUUAGCCUGUAUGGAGGCAGCUGGCCAGUGGCACGCCCAUUCGAAGACGUCAUGAGCAGCCACAGCGAAGGAGGUGAACCUGAAAUCGAGGAAGGGGGAAACCGAGAUGAAGGCUCUGCAGUGGCAGAUGAGGGAUUUAGCAGGGCAGACGGCAGCCCUUCACCCUCUGCUUCUCGCACCAGAGACCCUGAUGAGGUAAGAGAUCUCCCUAGACCGUCGAUGGAAGUCACAGUCCCACAGGCCUCGUCGCUCUUUCUGCAGGCGCAGGAGGAGCAUCCGGAGCAGCAGCAGCAGCCGCAGGAGCAAUUGCAACAGCAGCAGCAGUAUCAGCAGCAGCAGCAGCCGCUGCAACAGCAGCAGCAGCAACAGCAGCUGCUGCUGCAACAGCAGCAGCAGCUGCAACAGCAGCAGCAGUAUCAGCAGCAGCAGCUGCUGCAACAGCAGCAGCAGCUGCAACAGCAGCAGCAACAGCAGCAGCAGCUGCAGCAGCUGCAACAACUGCAGCAGCUGCAACAGCAGCAGCAACAGGAGGGGCAGCAGCUCGAUGACGCUGCAGAGGCGGGGGGAGAGGAAGGUGCAGCAGAUGCUGCGGACUUACUCAGCAGCUUACAGCUGGGCAGGACAGCUGUGAGUGGACAGAGAGUGCCAGCAGGUCCUUUCACGCCAUCUGUUUCUACAGAAGCUGGUGCGUUGCCAGCGGAGGAGCAGCCGCUGCAACACAGGGGAGGCAGCAAGGCAACGCACGGUGCGGCAGCAGAGCCCGCAGGGGAGAAUUUAAGACGAGGACCGGGGCUGCGGACGCAGCAACAACAAUUCCCCCGCCGCGCCAGCUCUAUUGAGGAGCAGGGCCGCAUGCCAGAGCGGCAAGAUACGCUCCAGCUGCAGCAGCACCAGCAGCAGCAGCACCAGCAGCGGCAAGAGGGCGUUGUCGUGUUCGCGCCUCCCAAGCAUGAGAAGGAGGAUCAGAGCACCGCUGCCUCCCACAACAAGAGUGCAGCUUCUCUGAUGGGAGACGUUUCGUCGUAUGAAGCGGAGGAGCCUUCAGAAACUUCAUCCUCUGCUGUGCUCUUCCCUGGCGUCAACACCGCUCACGAGGGCGAUGCAGCAACACGGCAUAAGCUGCGCCAGCUGCUGCAGCAGGGAGGUCAGCGGCCUUACUUUGGGGCGUACAAGUACACAGCAGAGGAGAACGAAAAUAUAAGGCUUUGCGGUAUGCUGGAAGAACGGUACGGGAGUUUGUUUAUGAAUCUUCUGAGGUUUCUCCUCACUGAGCAGAUGCUGGAAGUGCUUAUGAGGGUGGCUGCGUGGCACGCGCUGCCUCAUGAACAGGAAGAUUUGUGCAAAGACCGCAGAUUUUCACUGUUCGUCCAAACUACAGACCCGGCAAGGGAUUGA